AUGUAUUCAGCACUCAUCGUUCUCAAAGACCUAUAUGGCUUCCAGCUCAAGGAGGACGGCAGCGCACUUAUCAUGAUCUACGACAGCGAAAUGUUCGAUCUCUCUGGCGUCGUCGACGGAGGCAAGAAGGAGGCCAGAGUCGCGGGGGCUAUUGUGCAAGAGAUUGACCCACAGGGCAACGUGGUAAGUAAGCCACACACACCAGAGAGAGAGAGAGAGAGAGAGUCGGGGCCUUGCACACGAGUCGUGUGUCUCUCUGGUGUGGUUGUAUGUUUGUGUUUGCCAGGUCUUUGAGUGGCGCAGCUGGGACGGCUACACGUGGCAGUUCAGGGUGACCAAGAAGAGCCUGGACACCUUCCGCAAGGACCGCCGGGAGGGUGAGAUCGUCAGAUCGACAGGCGGAGUGAUAGAGGUAUGUACGUAUACACAGUGUUGUCUAUCCAUGUGUGUGCGUGUCUGUGUGUGUGCGUGUUGUGUAGGGUGACGCCAGUGAUUGGGUGAGGCCUCCAACCACUCAAUCAUCCAGCUCGACGCUCCAGUCGGCCCGACGACGGGGGUAGUGGCCGUGUCUCCAUGUCUCUGUGUCUCUGUCCGUGUCAGGGAUCGCUGCCUUCAUUUUAUAUCUGCGGAGACCUCAACAACGCCAACUCGCCACUGAGUCCUCACUCGUCGAUCUGCCUGUAGGUCUGUAGGUCUGUCUGUCUGUCUGCCUGUAUGUCUUCUUGCGCUGUGUCCUUUGCAGGCUUCAUGGCACAUUCUCACCUGAGCUGACGGCCCAAGGCUCGGCCCUCAGUACGCGAGCGUCAGCGACCAGAUGAGUGGACAAAGCUGCUCGAGCGGCGUUGCGUGCCUUGCAAGACAGAGGUCCAUCACCGUCAUGGACUCGUCCUUCACCGGCGGGAGCGGAUGAAAGCAGGCAGUUGGCCAGCGUUCAUUGGAUGGAGACUCUGUGUCAUCUGUAAAGGUGGGUGUCGAUGUCGUAUCGCUCUCCGCCGGUGGCUGCGGUGCGGUGCGGGUGCAUUUCUGUCGAUGGCUGCACUGAUGUAUGAGAGCGAAGAAACGUUUGUCAGGGGUGCAUGUGCGUGUUCUGUCCGGGUGUGGGGAGUGAGGUAAGCUAAGCGAUGACCGUCAAUGAACGACAUACCAUUGAUUGAAG